AUAUUCUCUUUGCUCAUAUGGUAACCUCGGUACGAGUCAUCUUACGAUUGUUUGUUGAUCAUGAAAGAGGAAAACGAAGAUUCUUCUUCUUGUGAUGAUGAAGCGAUAAUAAAAACAAUCGAAGCAGUGGCAGAGACUGAAUUAUGGAGGGAAUCGUUGUUUGCAGAAAAAUCAACAAAACAGACCCAAGGUUCUCAUUUAUUCUACGUGAACAUACCAAAGAACAUUGUGUGGAUAAACAUGAUGAAGUUGAAGUUUCUGAAGGUUUCAAAAAUUUCAUGGCUAAAAAACUGGCCGAACAUUUGGACAGAAAUAUCGAAAUAAUGAAAGAAGUAACAUGUUCCAAUAAAAUACGCAAGAGGAAACACGUCGACCAUCCAGAACCCGAGGACGGUAUAAAACUUCUGCGAGCUUCUGGAACUAUUGUCAAAGUGGUUGAUGAUCCAACUACUUCAAAUGUCUACACAUGCAGACCGAGUCACAGAAGAAUAUUACCAGAUCAGAAUGUUAAAGCCGAUAGCGUGAAAUUGAAAGAGGCUGCGGUUGACCCGCAAUACCUGUUCGAUGGAGCUGAUACUGAUUUUUGGAUUAGCAGAAGAAAGAGCACUGUCUAUGAGUAUAAAAAAUUACCUGAUGGAACAUUAGUAGAAAAAUAAGAUAUGGGUUAAAAUUGCAGUGAUUAUCUAUUUUUUCAUAUGUCUUUAUAUUCGAUAGACGAUAUUUAUAUUAAAAUAAAAAGAAAGUGAGAUAAAACAGUACAACCACAUUUCUAAACAAAAACCAAAAUUAUUUUUGUAAAAAAAUUAGCCAAGGACAUAUUUCGAUGUGCUGUUAGUAAAAAAAAUGAAAUCGUUACUAUUAUUAGAAAAUAAAAACAGAAACAAAUUAAAAUGCACGUUAAGCUCAGUAUCAAUUUAUAUCAAUGGAGGAGGCUCGUUUUCAAAAAAUUGUUAUUAACGAUAGCCCCUCUACUUGGCUACUUGGGCUCAUAUUACGCGGAUUUUUAGCCCCACGUUAGCAUGUCCAGGUGGUGGAAAUUGGAUAUUGACACGUAAUCUGGUGAAAAGCGUCGUCAUUUUCUUUAUCUACACUCAGCAAAACUGAAUAAAAAUUUAUGUUUAGACAACUUCGCAGGAGGUAUCAUGUAUAUAAUAUGUAAAUACUUGGCUGAAGGCUCCUAGGCGAUGGCCAGUUGCAAAAUCUUCCAGGAACUCGCAGGAAAUUUCGCUAUAAAUAAACAAAUAAAUAUAUUGAAAUGACAAAUUGUUCCAUAAUAUGUAGAAGUGUAAUUCUGUGAUUCGAUGAUAAAUAUUUUUCAUAAUUUUUCACUCAUCACAAGAUACGGAAUACCUGUGACAGACGUCACCACGAUGCCCCAUAUGGUGGAAGCUACUUGCCUCGAGCUAUAGCCGCAUCAUAUUGUAGAGUACACGUACCUACGAAAGCCCACAUUUUUCCACUCCAUUGAAGCUCAUUUAGAUAACAAUGUGCCUAAUAGCAUAUAUAAAAGAAAAAGAUCAUGCGACAAAUCACAGUUUUGUUUUUGUUUUACUACUAAUUCUACUUUUGAGAUGAUGUUCAUUUUCAAGUCAUGUGCAGUAGUUUUGGUGCUGGCUCUUGCUGUGUGCGGAGAACGCGAAGACGCAUACGAAUACCC